CCGACACAAUGUACGGCUUUCGCCCGCAUCUGUCCACUCAGGACAUACUGCUUCAGCUCAAGGAGGAAGUACUGGACAGCUUGAAUAACCACAGCAAGCGGUCGAUCUUGACCCUAGACAUUAAGGGGGCAUUCGACAACAUUUCACACCAGGCCAUCCUUCAAGGCGUCGCAUCCACUAACUGUGGCGAGCGCACAUACAAAUACUUCGCCUCAUUUCUCACCAACCGCACGGCAACAGUGGGUAUCGGACACCUUCGAUCCGACACGUUCACAACCAUACCAAAAGGAACGCCACAAGGGUCGGUAGUGUCCCCCCUACUGUUUAACAUCGCCAUGAAGGACUUGCCACCCCUAUUACAAGCCAUCCCAAACCUACAUCACGCCAUCUACGCAGACGAUCUAACACUCUGGGUCCCCACCGGAUCAACGGGGGACCAACAAGACGCACUUCAAGCAGCCAUCCAGGUGACCCAACAAAGAACAUACAAGAAAAACAAAGACCCCAUACCAGAUCCAGAGCUCACCAUUGACAACCAACCCGUCCCCAACGUCCCACACCUUCGCAUCUUGGGCCUCAACAUACCAAAAGAUGGCUCAGGCGCCCAGACCAUCCUCUUCCAGCAGCGCACACUAACUCAACUCAUGCACCUCAUCCGCAGAGUCUCCCAUCGCCACUUUGGACUACAAGAAACCGACACUUUACGCAUCAUUCAAGCUAUCCUUAUCAGCCGAGUCACGUACGGGACACCGUACUUGGCCCUGAAAUCCGCGGAGAAGGAGAAACUGAACGUUGCCAUUCGCCAAACCUACAAGGCCGCCCUGGGACUACCCCCAAAGACGGCCACACGAAAACUCCUACAACUCGGCGUCCAUAAUACAUGGGAGGAAAUACAAGAAGCCCAUCGAGUCUCACAAUUCACCCGACUGAAACUCACAUCGGUAGGAAGAGCUACGCUCUACCGGCUCGGUUACACGCCUCCUGCAGAAUGCGAGCAGAAGAAACGCAUCCCUCUCACCAUCCGACAUUCCAUCAAAGUCGCACCUAUUCCAAGAAACAUGCAUCCCAUCUACAACAAGGCACGGCGAGAAGCCCGGAUACGAGCCCUCAAAACCCAAUACGAACACUCCCCGGAUUCUUCUUUUACUCGCUACACGGAUGCUUCCCCGUACCCCCAACAACCAGCCCACGCCGUGAGCGUCACCGACGCCCAUUGCAAAGAACUGACGGCAGCUACAAUUCUCACUACGUCUAUCGAGACAGCAGAAGAGCUCGCCAUUGCUUUGGCGGCCACCACUGGCAACGAAUAUAUCACUGUACUGACCGACUCUCAAGCCGCUUGUCGCAACUUCCUACUUGGCCGCAUAUCACCAACGGCCCUCAAAGUUCUACAAAACGUACGUCAACUCCCAGAACUCCAUAUCGUCUGGACCCCCGGACACGAGUCCUUCGAGGGAUCCAGAGCCGAAGCGACCGCUUUUCGUCGGCUACAAACUAACUCGUAUUCCCACGGCACUCUACUGCACGCCAUGUACCCCACCCUAUAUUCUGCUACCUGCAAAUUUUGCUCCCAGCCUGGCACCCUGUACCACAUGGUCUGGGAGUGUCAGCAAACCCCAUCCCUCGCCCCCAACCCUCACGCAACCUACGAGCAGUGGGUGGGCCAGCUGACCAGUUCCGACCUCUCAGCCCAGCGUAGCCUGGUGGAGAGAGCCCGGAAAGUCAGCGCGGACCAGGGCUUCCCGGACUAGAGGAGGCCCCCCACCGGGCGGGCGCCCAACCAUCAGCGCCUGAAGCUCUAUUUAUUAAAAGU